GUUGUAUAUUAUUAUUUACUCUUUUUUUAAUUUAAUUAAAUUUAUAAUUAUUUAUUUUAAUUUUUUGUUAAAAAAAUCUCAAAAUAUAUAAUUUUUUUCAAAUAAAAUGGAUGAACAUUAUGAUGUUAUUGUAUUAGGUACCGGUUUAAAGGAAUGUAUUAUUAGUGGUUUAUUAUCAGUUGAGGGUAAAAAAGUACUCCAUAUGGAUAGAAAUGGAUACUAUGGUGGUGAAUCAGCCUCACUCAAUUUAAAUCAAUUAUGGGAAAAAUUCCGUGGUGAACAAAACAAUGGUAAACCACCAGCUGAAUUAGGUGCCUCAAGAGACUACAAUGUUGAUCUUAUUCCAAAAUUCAUCCUUUCAAGUGGUCUUUUAGUUAAAAUGUUAUUACACACCGAUGUCACUCGUUACCUUGACUUUAAAGUUGUCGAUGGUUCAUACGUUUACCAAGGUGGCAAAAUUCAAAAAGUUCCAUCAACCGAUAAGGAAGCUCUCUCAUCAUCAUUAGUUGGUCUUUUAGAGAAACUCCCAUUAAGAAAAUUCUUUAUCUAUGUUCAAAACUAUGAAGAAAAUAAACCAGAAACUCACGAAGGUCUCAAAUUAAAAGAAAUGUCAAUGUCCGAUCUCUUCAAGAAAUUUGGUAUCAAGGAUAAUCUUAUUGAUUUCAUUGGUCACGCUAUUGCUCUCUACCUCGAUGACAGUUACCUCAACCAACCAGCUUUCGGAACUGUCAUGAGAAUGAAACUCUAUGCCGACUCUUUAGCUAGAUACAGCAAAUCACCAUACAUUUACCCAAUGUACGGUUUAGGUGAAUUACCACAAGCUUUUGCUCGUUUAUCUGCUAUUUAUGGUGGUACAUACAUGCUUAAUAAACCAAUCGAAAAUAUUGUCUUUGGUGAAGACGGUAAAAUUAGAGUUACCUCUGAAGGUGAAACUGUUACUUGUGACCAAAUUGUUUGUGAUCCAUCAUAUUUCCCAGACAAAGUCCAAAAGAAAGGUAAAAUUAUUCGUUCCAUUUGUGUAUUAAAUGCUCCAGUUAAUGGUGCUGAUAAGAAAUUCGAAUCACUCCAAAUUAUCAUUCCACAAAAACAAGUUAAACGUGAAUCUGAUAUUUAUGUUGGUGUCAUUUCAGCUCCACAUAUGGUUUGUCCAAAAGGUAAGUUCAUCGCUAUUGUUUCAACUACUGUUGAAACUGCUGAUCCAGAAAAAGAAUUAGCUCCAGCCUACGCUUUAUUAGGUCAAAUUCAAGAAAAAUUCGUUUCAAUUUCAGAUUUCUAUGAACCAAUUGGUGAUGGUGUCCAAGAUAAAAUUUUCAUCUCAAAAUCAUAUGACGCCACCUCACACUUUGAAACCACCUGCGAAGAUGUCAUGGACAUUUACAAGAGAAUCACUGGUAAAGAUUUAGUUCUCACUGUUCAUCCAAAUAUCUUAAAACAACAACAAGAACAAGGUGUAGAAGAAAACUAAAAAUAAUAAAAAUAAAUAACAACUAAUAAAUGAUAACAAUAAUAAAAAUUAAUUUAUAAAAAAAAAAAUU